CAAGUUAUCCAACAUCAAAAGGACAUUGAAGGUGAGAUCCAGAGGAUCUGGAUAAAUUUUAAAAAGGAUUCUUCUACAAGAUAUUCAAAGCAGUAUUUUGAGACACGUUUGGAAAAUUUGCGUCAGAAAUGGGACGCAUUUGAAGACAACAAUGAUAAUCUGAUCAAGAAUUUGAAGCCUGAUCAUGAAUAUAUCACAAAAAAUUACUAUGGCCAGUUACAACAAAGACGGAAUGAAAUCGAAAAUCGAUUUAAUAAUGAAUUGGAAAUAAUAAGGCAAAUGGAGCAAAAGGAAGCUCAAGUUUCAAGGCAUCAAGUUAUAAGAGGGCAAGAAGAAGCUCGGUCACCAAGGAAUCAAGACAUAAGUAUCAAUGACGAAGUCACCAUCACCGGGCCAUGUGAUAUUACGAACAAACGUUUAGCAAUCUUAAGUACAAGUCUGUUGCAGAUCAAAGAGACAAUAGACUUAACGAAAAGUAUUGAAACGUUACAGUUCAAAUUGGAAAAAUUGAAGAAUUGUUGGGCAAAGAUCUCACAAUUAAACGAUGAAUGUCUGUUUAACAAUGAUGAAAUAGACCAAGGAGAUUUCAUUCAACUGGAAUCGAUAUACGAAGAAGUAUAUAUCCAGUUACAAGAAGAACUGAACGUUCGCAGUCAAAACGUUUCAGAAACUAGAACAACCGUAAGUAACAAUAUCAAACUACCACCGUUGAAUGUACCAAUAUUCAGCGGCAGAUUUGAAGAGUGGUGUCCAUUUUGGGAAUUGUUCGACCGGUUAGUUCAACAAAACCAUAAUCCAGUGGAUGUAGAAAGGAUGCAGUACUUAAAAGGAAGUCUACGUGGAGAAGCCGCCAGACUUAUCAAUCAUUUAACAAUAACAGCGAACAAUUAUACAGCGGCAGUUGAACUAUUGAAACAAAGAUACAACAAUCCAGCAAUACUUGUGGACAAUCUUAUCAAUAAGUUAUUGUCGCUCAGAGCUAUAAAAAAUGAGAAUGCACAGGAUUUAAAAACAUUAGUGGAUUCUUCUAGAGAAGUGUUAUAUGGUAUACGUAAUUUAAAUGUGGACACGUCAAGUUGGGAUCCACUAAUUAUACAGAUACUGCUUCCAAAAUUAGAUGGUGAAACCAGAAAAUUAUACCAACAUUCAAGAGGGGCAUCAACACAAAUACCAAAAUUGAGCAGCUUAUACGAGUUUAUCGAGAGCAGAGUUAGAGGAUUGGAGGCAAUUCGAGACACAAAUCGCGAAAAUAAGAAUAAUUUUCGACCAACAGCAGUUAAUACAAAAACGCAUGGCAAACCAACAGUCACAAAUAAUAUAAGUAAACAGAGGAUGCCAACAUUGAAGAACACCACAGAGACCGAAGUGGCAGCGUCGUACAACAUCCAAAAGGAAAAAACUGUUUUACUAGCAACCGCAAUGGUAAUUAUAAGGACUAAAAAACAAGUUAAUCCGAUACGAGCGCUUCUUGAUCAAGGAUCACAAUCUUGUAUAAUAACAGAACAAUUAGCAAGAUCAAUCAGAGCACCAUUGACCAAUUAUCAAACUCAUGUAAAAGGUAUCAAUGUACAAACAACAAGCGUUAUAGCCAAAUGUUCAUUAGAAAUUCAAUCUAUACAUGAUGAAAAUAAAAGCUGUCAUAUCGAAGCAAUAGUGUUACCAAAAAUCACAUCAAAAAUGCCAAAUGCAGAAUUCACGCCAGGAAAAUGGUCACAUAUUGAUGGAUUGCAGUUAGCAGAUCCUUGGUAUGCUGAACCAAAGGAAAUACAAUUGUUAAUCGGAUCGGACGUGUUACCAGAAGUGUUUAAAGAAGGAUUAAUUAAAGGGCCAGACAACUCUCCAAUGGCUCAAAACACACUAUUUGGAUGGAUAUUAUCAGGACCUUUAGAUGUAGAGCGUACAAUCACAAACAAAAUAAUGUUAUGCUCCAUGGCUUGCGAAAGCAGCGACGAGUAUUUAAAACGGUUUUGGGAAUUAGAGGAAAUUCCAAAUGCAGACUUAAGAACAGUAGAAGAAAGGCGUUGUGAGCGACAUUAUGAUUCAACUUGCACCCGCGAUAAAACAGGACGAUACAUCGUUAGGUUACCACUGAAAAAUGAUCGAGAAACGUUAGGUGAAUCCAGAAAGAUAGCAUUAAAACGGUUCUUUUCAUUGGAAGAACGAUUUAAGAAGAAUCCAGCACUAAAGCAAGAGUAUGUGAACUUUAUGCGAGAGUAUAUCAAGCUGGGUCACAUGAAGGAAGUUAAUAAAAAACCAAAGACAAAGGUAUAUUAUUUGCCGCAUCAUGCAGUUAUUAAAGAAGACAGCACGACAACAAAACUUCGAGUGAUGUUUGACGCGUCCGCAAAAACAACAUCAGGACAAUCACUGAACAGUAUUAUGAUGACUCCAGCGCAUGAUAGUCUUAACUUUACAGAAACCAACUCAGAGACGGCAUCAACCAAGGCAGAUUCAGACAUUCAAGAUAUGUUACCAUUGGGAAACCUUGUCAGAAAUAAAGAAGUAGUUCCGACAAAUUCUACUGUAGGAGAUCCUAGAACGCGACGACAAUGGUUAGCAGCUAGGCAAUCAAAAUCGACAGUUCUUGCUAUAUUUUUGGCAUAUCUCACAUUAGGAACUACAUUAGCAACACCCACUAUAACAUAUCCCGAAUCAGGAUUAUUCAUUGAAGGAUUAGGCAAGGCAAAAAUACAAAGAGGAACACUUAGAACCACUAUCACAUUUCCAAUCCGUGACAUAAUUCAAGAUCAAAGGAACGUUAAUAGCACCAUAAAACAAUUAACAAUGUUGUGUACCAAGUCAAAGGCUGUCAAUCCUUAUAUACAAUGUGACGAUUUAGUUUCCAAUUUAAGUCAUGAAGGGCGCAUCUUAAGAACAACCAUUGAUCGAUUGUUGACGGCAGAAUCAUCAGUUACAAGAAGUCCCCGAGGAAUAUUAGGUACAGUAUUAACAACACUUUUUGGUGUAAACGAUGAAGUGUAUCACGACAUUGAAACGUUGGAUCAAAAUCAGAAAUUAUUGAUCCAAAAUACUAAAUCAAAUGCUAGAAUCAUGAUAUCCACAAUAGCGGCAGUAAACAACACAGAAACUAAAAUCAUCAACAAAAUCAACAGCUUUAGUAAAAGACUAAACGAAGGAUUGCAGGCUAUCAGUCAGAUGCAAGGUUGGCAUGAUAUCGGAGAAGGAAAUAAACUGAAUAUAUAUGUACUUAAUUCAUAUAUAAUGGCAUCCAAUUACAUUCGAGAAGUAGAAUCAAAAUAUAAUAAGAUCUUCAAUGUAUAUUUAAAACGCAGUCAUAUUUAUGAAUUCCUUUCGCAUGAUGAAAUCAAUGAUAUUAUAACUCGAUGUUCCUCAAAAAUUGGACCAGAAAUGUAUGUCUUACCAAUUCCGAUGAACAGAUUGGAAUAUGUUCGAGAUACUGACAACGUUAUAAUUUAUGGUUAUUUCACAAUCAGCGAUAUAGAAGAAUAUGAAAUCAUUAGAUUCAACACGAUUCCAGAAAGAAUUAAUGAUAAUAUAUAUCAAGAAAUCGAAUUGUUAACAUCCACAUUUGGCAUCAAUUAUAGCAGUAAAAAAUAUUUUGACGUUACUAUCAGUCAAAUGGAGACUGCAACCAAGCUGAAUAAUGGUACUAGGUUAAUUCAUCCAACAAUAUUUUACAACAUUGACGAGAGUUCCAAUUGUGUAAUUAAGCAAUUGUAUAAUAAAUUAACAUUCGAUAACUGUCCGUCAAAAAGAUUUCAAGUUAUACAACCAGUUUGGAAAGAGCUUUGGACGCCCAAUGCUUGGAUAUUCAUUACACCAAAUUUAACGACAAUUCAUGUAAUUUGUCAUAUUGAACGUGAAGAAGUAGUUCUGAAUUAUACGGGAAUCAUUCAUAUCUCUCCAGAUUGUGUAAUACAUUCUAAGACUAUUCAACUGGAAGGAAGAAUGAUGAAAGAAUUUCAAUCAAUCACACACCACGUUAAACCAAUCAGCAUGCAAAACAUUUCAAUACCUGACAGUAGAAUGCAUAAAAUUACAAAUGAAACCGUUAUCCCAUUGGUGCAAGAUUUAUCAACUAUGCUUUUGUACUCCGCAAGGGAUGCUCAAGACAACAUGGACCAAGUCAACGAAAUAUCUUGGAAAACAAUAAUGACUCAUCAAUAUUGGAAGAAAUGGGUCAUCGGGGCUACAGCUAUAAUAAUAAUCAUAUUCGUUGGAGUAUUAUAUUACAUGUGUUACAUUAAACCGAGAAUACUAUCAACAUCAGCCAAUAAUCAUACAUCACCGUCCACUUACGAUGUCGCUUGGUCUUGCACAUAA